GGGAGGCACAGGCAGGCUCCCAGCGCCGCGCGCCUGACCCUCUCCAGAGAGAGACGCAGGCGGGCGCGGGCUGCGUGUGUGUGUGUGUGUGUGUGUGUAGCGGGGAGACACCCCCGCGGCACGUGAACCCUCCGCCUCCCCCAGCGCCGCGUGCCACUGCCCGGCGCCCCGGCCACAGCCACGCAGGGCAGGGAAACCACGCGCCGCGGCGGGAGGGGACGCGCGCGGUGCCACCCUGCAGCCUCCAGCCCCGGGGCGGUGCGAUGCCCCGGGCGAGUCAUUUCUGCCGCCGGCUCCAGGGAAGCGGGGGCGGUGAUGGCACGCUGGAGGAAAUGACACGCUGAGGGACUGUGGCGAUCGCACACACACGCGCGCGUUACAGGCACGCGCGAUUUGUAGACUAGCUUUUGGGGGCGGCGGGGAAGCAGCAGCCGGCUGCUCUCGCUUCUGCACUGAAGGAGUUCCUGGGCUCCGGCUAGUGGGUUUGUACAAGGCAGCGGAGCGGGGGCAAGGCAGGACGCCAAGGCACGGAGGAGGAGAAGCGAAAGACAACUCGCAACAUUUGCCGAGGAAAUUCUAAGGUGCGGGGUGAAGACCAGCGUGAUUUCCAGUUCCCGAGGAAAGCCCCUAGCAAACUCCGCGGGGGAAAACCCCAUCCUUUUCUCGCUAAAAAUGGAUACAUUGCCUCUCGUUUGGGGAUUUGUAGCUCUGUACUUGGCUGGAUCCGGAGUGCUAGGCGAAGCAGUUCAGUCGUGCGGGGGUCGUUUGAAUUCAAAGGAUGCUGGUUACAUCACUUCACCUGAAUACCCACAGGAUUACCCCUCCCACCAGAACUGCGAGUGGGUCAUUUAUGCCCCGGAAGCAAAUCAGAAGAUUAUCCUCAACUUCAACCCUCAUUUUGAAAUUGAGAAACAUGACUGCAAAUAUGACUUUAUUGAGAUACGGGACGGAGACAGUGAGUCGGCAGACCUGCUGGGCAAACACUGUGGGAACAUCGCUCCUCCGACCAUCAUCUCCUCAGGCUCCUCUCUCUACAUUAAGUUCACCUCGGAUUACGCACGGCAAGGCGCUGGCUUCUCUUUGCGCUAUGAGAUCUACAAGACAGGCUCUGAAGACUGUUCUAGAAACUUCACCAGCUCCAACGGCACUAUUGAGUCCCCAGGAUUCCCUGAUAAGUAUCCCCACAACUUGGACUGCACUUUCACCAUCAUGGCCAAGCCAAAGAUGGAAAUCAUCCUUCAGUUUAUGACCUUUGACCUAGAGCAUGACCCCUUGCAGGUCGGAGAGGGAGAUUGCAAGUAUGAUUGGCUGGACAUCUGGGAUGGCAUUUCUCAAGUUGGCCCUUUGAUAGGCAGGUACUGUGGCACUAGGACACCUUCUGAGAUCCGCUCAGCUACUGGUAUUCUCUCGCUUACCUUCCAUACUGAUCUGGCAGUGGCUAAAGAUGGCUUCUCUGCCCGCUACUACUUGGUCCAGCAGGAGAUCCCGGAAAACUUCCAGUGCAAUGUUCCUUUGGGGAUGGAAUCUGGCAGAAUCUCCAAUGAACAGAUCACUGCCUCCUCCACCUACUCGGAUGGAAGAUGGACCCCACAGCAGAGCCGGCUCAACAGUGAUGACAACGGAUGGACCCCCAACCUCGAUUCCAACAAGGAGUUCCUCCAGGUGGACCUUCGUUUCCUGACCAUGUUGACAGCCAUUGCUACCCAGGGUGCCAUCUCCAAAGAAACGCAGAAUGGCUACUAUGUCCGCUCCUACAAGCUGGAGGUCAGCACCAACGGUGAGGACUGGAUGAUGUACCGGCAUGGUAAAAACCAUAAGGUAUUUCAAGCUAACACCGAUGUCACUGAAGUGGUCCUGAACAAGAUCCACGCUCCAGUGCUGACUCGGUUUGUCCGGAUCCGACCCCAAGUCUGGCACAAUGGGAUUGCUCUCAGACUUGAGCUCUAUGGCUGCCGCAUCACAGAUUCGCCCUGCUCCAACAUGCUGGGGAUGCUUUCUGGCCUUAUCUCAGACUCCCAGAUCUCUGCCUCCUCAAUCAGAGGGUACGACUGGUCCCCUAGCAUGGCACGGCUGGUCAGCAGCCGCUCUGGAUGGUUCCCACGAAUCCCCCAAGCCCAGCCAGGGGAAGAGUGGCUGCAGGUGGACCUGGGAGUCCCUAAGAAUGUGAAAGGAGUGGUUAUCCAAGGGGCCCGAGGAGGAGACAGCAUCACCAUGGUAGAGGCUCGAUCCUUUGUGAAGAAAUUUAGAGUGGCCUACAGCAUGAAUGGAAAGGACUGGGAGUAUAUACAGGACACCAAAACCAUGCAACCCAAGCUUUUUGAAGGUAACAUGCAUUACGACAUCCCUGAAGUCCGAAGGUUUGACCCUGUUCCUGCACAGUACAUCCGGGUUCACCCAGAACGCUGGUCCCCAGCAGGGAUUGGGAUGCGUUUGGAGGUGUUGGGCUGCGACUGGACAGAUGUAAAGCCCACUUCAGAGACACUGAAGCCCACCUUGAAGAGUGAGGAGACCACGUCUCCAUACCCUACCGAUGAGGAGAUAACAGAGUGUGGCGAUGGCUGUGGAGAAGGUGAUGAUGCCCAGGUUCCUGUAGGAUUCAAUUGCAACUUUGACCUCGCUGAAGACCUGUGUGGUUGGUCUAAUGACCCUGCAACAGAUUAUACGUGGUCUUUCCAUUCUAGAAGCACCUGGUUCAGCAAUUCAGGACCAAGCACCGGGUCCUUACCUGAGAGUAAAAGCUACUUGCAGCUGCAGAGCAGUGGAAGAAGAGAGGACCAGCGUGUUCGGCUCGUCAGCCCCAUGAUCUACUUGCCCAGGAGUGCUGUCUGCAUGGUGUUCCGGUACCAAGCAUCUGGUGGGAGUGGGAUAAUGCUGCAGGUGUGGCGGGAAGCGAGCCAGGAGAAAAAGCUGUUGUGGAUCAUCUCAGAAGACCAAGGGGAUGAGUGGAAAGAGGGACGGAUCAUUCUGCCAAGCUACGAUAUGGACUAUCAAAUUGUGUUCGAUGGUGUUAUACGCAAAGGCCAUUCGGGAGAAAUUGCCAUCGAUGACAUCCGGAUUGGCUCCGAUAUCUCCCUAGAGAAUUGUAUGGAACCCAUCACAGCUUUCCCAGGUGAGAACUUCUACAUUCCAGUGGACUUCCCAAGCUUAGAGGAUGCCUUUGCAAUCCCUGGGCAAGACACUGGAGAUGACAAUGAAGAUGAUUAUUUUGGUCUGGAUAACAACACCACACUGUUCUCUACUAACUCUCCAGUAACCCCAAAGCUGGACAAAGACAAGAACUGGCUCUACACUCUGGAUCCAAUCCUAGUCACCAUCAUAGCUAUGAGUUCACUUGGCGUUCUCCUAGGGGCCAUCUGUGCUGGGUUAUUGCUCUACUGUACAUGCUCCUAUACUGGGCUUUCCUCUCGAAGCUCCACUACUCUGGAGAACUACAACUUUGAGCUGUACGAUGGCAUCAAGCACAAAGUCAAAAUGAACCACCAGAAGUGCUGUUCUGAGGCAUGACUGAUUGCACCGGAAUCACAUGCGACAUUUCAUUCCGGCAAGAGUAGCUGGUGAAGAUUACUUGUUGUCUGUGGGAAUGGAAUGCCAUAAUCUCAAACCAAUCUGGAAUACAGAAGGGGCAUGGGCAUGAGGCCCCUGUCGUAAAUCACAGUUGUAGACUACAGUAAGCAGAUUACAAUCUGCAAGGACUACGAUAGCUGAAUAAUUAUUUUAAUGAUGAGAACUGUGCUGGAACAAGGAAAGGAGCUCAGAUGCUCCCUUGCCCCUUUAUUGGAUGAUUGAGACGUGUCCAAGGAAAUGUUGCUUUACCUUUUGGAUGUGAGAAAUAAAAUGUUGAUCAUUAUUUCCCACUUCCUUGCCCGAAUACAUGGCUGAAAAUUCCUCAGCCAUUCUGUCUUUAGAAAUAACACACACACAAAAGCCCAUCCCGCUUCUCUCCCCAUUCAGAUAUUCAUUUGAGUUAAGGGAUUUGUUCUUGGUGCACGUUAUACAAACCCAGCAAGCUGCACUUUCUACGCCUAAAAUGAAAGCAGGUUGUUGCCUUUAACUUUCCAUAUACAGGCGUCAUAGGGAGUGGAAAGAAUUACACCAAUUUUAGGGUCAAUGGAAAUAGCCGUGCUUUCUUAAGAGAUUAAGAAGCAAAAUAGAAAGGAAACCUUACAUGUAGACGCACUCCUCAGAGAAAAGCUGAAGAGCCUUAAAGUGAUUUAUGAAUAAGAGCCAUUUAUUAAAUCCAGAACUUGGAUUGAAACAGCACCGACCUUCCUCAGAAGGGCUCUUUUUAUUUCUUUUAUCCUUUUUUAAAGUAUAUAUAUAUAAGAAAAUUGCAGCAAACAAAAGACACGCAAUUGUAAGGUUCCCAAGACUCUGGAGAUGGCUUUUUUGAGAGAAUGGUCUGCUAUAUAUAUAGCUAUAUAUUUAAAUUCUUUGAUAAUGUGAUGGCCACUCAGAUUAAGAAGGAAAAAAUUAUCAUCGUGCACCAUUCCAUGGAGUGGGUUAUGGUGCGGGGUGAGACCCAACACACUUAGAUUAAUUGCCUGCCCUACUAAGACAGUAACCAUUCUUUCUCCUUUGGGUUAUGGUAACUUCCUCUGCUUUCCAUGGAGUCAGGUAUGAGCUGCAAAACUCCCGUCUGGAUAUCAAGUAAACAGUUUAGACCAAAAUGUGGUCAUCUUCUCAUCCCUUCAGUGCGAAGCUGCUCUGCUUCUGACCUGUUGCCAACACCAACAACAAAAUUAUGGGGUGUUUUGUUUUGUUUUGAUCAAGUGCCUUAGAAAAAUAUAGUGUUUCUGUCUAGAGAUCAGUGAUGUAUCAGACUACAAGCAAGGCAUUCAUCCUUCCCCUCUUCGUAAUAUAUUCUUCAUGGACGCUCUACUGGGUAGAGCCUAACUGAAGAGUCUUGUCUUUGUACUUGCAAGUGGUCUGCCUGUAUUUUCUCUCUGUGUCUGUGUGAUCAUGCCACACAAGAGAUGUGUUAUGUCCAUAAUGUAGUGAAUGAAAAGAUUUAAAAUCCCUGGUUUCACAUCAGUGCUGUUAUUUCAGUUUUAAUACAGCUGAGUUAUCUAUAUGAAUGUUUCCAUAUUACUGCACAUGGAUUAUCCAUAUGCCAGCAGUUUUAUUCCUAAAGGGUCCACAUAUCCCGUUGUUUUCAUAUGAUCUUCCAGGAGCUUCUUGUAAGACACCUGUUGUGGCUUCUCUUUUCAUUCAGAUAUCAAAGUAUUUUCGUUUUGGUUUUUUUUACAAUCUCAAAGUUUUCUGGGCAUAAUGCUACAUGGAGUAGCGUUUGCUGUGUGUACUAGGAACAAGCCAGCCAGUAAAACAAGUGCUCAGUGUGAUAGGCAGCAUUUGGAGUGAAGAGAAAAGAAGUAUGACUGUGGGCACAAUUCAAGGGUUCUUUAGCGCAUCAUGAAUGUUAACGGCUCUUGUUGAGAGUUUCAUGAAAAGCUCACCUGGAAAAAAUCCUCCUGAAAAAUAAGCAUGGACCCUUGUUGAGUUGGAAGCUGGCAGGGGUGACACUUAGCAUAUGUCUACACUACGGGAUUAUUCCAGUUUUACAUAAACCAGUUUUGUAAAACAGAUUGUAUAAAGUCGAGUGCAUGCGACCACACUAAGCACAUUAAUUCGGCAGUGUGCGUCCAUGUACCGAGGCUAGCGUUGAUUUCUGGAGCGUUGCACUGUGGGUAGCUAUCCCAUAGUUCCCGCAGUCUCCCCCUCCCAUUAGAAUUCUGGGUUGAGAUCCCAAUGCAUGAUGGUGCAAAAACAGUGUCGCGGGUGAUUCUGGGUAAAUGUCGUCACUCAUUCCUUCCUCCGUGAAAGCAACGACAGACAAUCAUUUUGCGCCCUUUUUCCCUGGAUUGCCCUGGCAGACACCAUAGCAUGGCAACCAUGGAGCCCGUUUUGCCUUUUGUCACUGUCACCAUAUGUGUACUGGAUGCUGCUGACAGAGGUGGUGCUGCAGCGCUACACAACAGCAUUCAUUUGCCUUUGCAAGAUAGCAGAGAUGGUUACCAGUCAUUCUGUACCGUCUGCUGUGCCAUUGUAAAUUGGUGAUGCGAUGACGGUUAUCAGUCAUUCUGUAUCAUCUGCUGCUGUCAUGGGUGCUCCUGGCUGGUCUUAGCUGAGGUUGGCCGGGGGCGCAAAGACAAAAAUGGGAAUGACUCCCUGAGUCAAUCUCUCCUUUAUGGUUUAUCUAAAAAUAGAGUCAGUCCUGCCUAGAAUAUGGGGCAGGUGUACUAGAGAACCAGUGUAUCAGAGAACCAGAGAGCACAGCCGCUCCAUGUCAGAUCCCGCAGAAAUGAUGAGCUGCAUGCCAUUCACGGGGGGUGCCCUGCAACAACCCCACCCAUUGAUUCCCUUCUCCCCCAACCUUUCUGAGCUACCGUGGCAGUGUCCCCCAUUUGUGUGAUGAAGUAAUAAAGAAUGCAGGAAUAAGAAACACUGACUUUUUAGUGAGAUAAAAUGAGGAGGAGGCAGCCUCCAGCUGCUAUGAUAGUCCAGGCAGGACAUUAAACGGUGGGGGGGAAGAGGAGCCCAGCAUCCCGCUGCUAUGAUAGUCCAGGCAGUACAGAAACUUUUCUUUAGACAUGAAAAGGGGGGGGGGGGGCUAAUGGAGUUCCACACCCAAUUGCUAUGAUGAGGACAGUUACCAGCCGUUCUGUGCCAUGUACCGGGAAUGACCGGGAGUCAUUCCUAUUUUUACCCAGGCGCCCCCAGCCGACCUCACCUGAGGCCAGCCAGGAGCACUCACGGACUGAUGAUGACGAUGGAUAGCAGUCCUAUUGUGCCGUCUGCCACCGGGGGGAGGAGGGGAGAGGAGAGGAUGCUGCUAUUCAUUGCCGCAGCACCGUGUCUACCAGCAGCAUGCAGUAGACAUAGGGUGACAAACUCAAUAAAUGAUUUUUUUUCCCUUUUCUUUCACGGUGGGGAGAGGCAGGGUAAAUUGACGACAUAUAACCUGAAACACCCUGGACAAUGUGUUUGACCCUACAGGCAUUGGGAGCUCAGCCAAGAAUGCAAAUGCUUUUUGGAGACUGCGGAGACUGUGAGAUAGCUUGAGUCCUCAGUACCCCCUCCCUUCCUCCAUGAGCAUCCAUUUGAUUCUUUGGCUUUCCGUUACGCUUGUCACACAGCACUGUGCUGUGGACUCUGUAUCAUAGCCUGGAGAUUUUUUUCAAAUGCUUUCUCAUUUCGUCUUCUGUAACGGAGCUGUGAUAGAACAGAUUUGUCUCCCCAUACAGCGAUCAGAUCGAGUAUCUCCCAUACAGCCCAUGCUGGAGCUCUUUUUGGAUUUGGGACUGCAUGGCCACCCGUGCUGAUCAGAGCUCCACGCUGGGCAAACAGAAACUGAAAUUCAAAAGUUCGCGGGGCUUUUCCUGUCUACCUGGCCACUGCAUCCCAGUUUGGAUUGCUGUCCAGAGCAGUCACAAUGGUGCACUGUGAGAUACCGCCCAGAGGCCAAUACCGUCGAUUUGCGGCCACACUAACCCUAAUCCGAUAUGGUAAUACCGAUUUCAGCGCUACUCCUCUCGUCAGGGAGGAGUACAGAAAACAGUUUAAAGAGCCCUUUAUAUCGCUAUAAAGGGCCUCGUUGUGUGGACAGGUGCAGCGUUAAAUCGGUUUAACACUGCUAAAAUCAGUUUAAACGCAUAGUGUAGACCAGGCCUUACACACACUUUUUGAAAAGUGCAUUCUUAUCUAGUAUGUGACUAUUUCAUAUCCCUAAAAAAAAAAAAAUUGGCACAAAACCAUCCCAGUUUUUUUUUAUUUUGAAAAAUUGAUCACCUUAACGUGGGCGUCCUCCACACACAAACUACUCAUUACUCUGCCAAAAAAAAAAACCCAAAUUCACCAACCAGACACAGUGAUAGUAAAAUGUAUCAGACCAUUUAAAAGGUGGAUUGCUGCUACUCAUCAACUUUAUCCUUCUUCGAAAUCACACAAAUGGGGAAGGGUGAAUGGAAAAUGACCAUAGUCACCCACCUAUAAAAGUCAACUUAGAGAAACAAUAGUCACUAAUAUAUGGUAAUCUUACAGUGUCUAGUAGGCAGCUAGAGGGGGCAAGGUCAUAUAUACAUAGAGUCAGCUCAAUGUGUGUUUAUGCACACGUGAAUUCUCUGUAUGUAUUGUGUAUAUAAAUGAUUACGUGGGCCUGAAUAGUGUUACUGUAGCUGUGGUUUGGGGCAGGAGAGUACUUCUGAUCGUGGCACUAAUUUGGGAGCAACCUAGCCAAGCUGUGCGUAAUGGAAAAGCAUACCCCAUAAAGUCCUGCAGUUCUAGUCCAUGUGGGUUGGUACAGGGACCUGAAUGCGCACACUUGCUAAGCAGAAACAGGCCACUAAUACUGCAUAGCUGAUACCUCACUUACCGCUACUGUGUGCUUUACUGUUCUAAUACAGUCUAACUGUGUUUGCUUGUAACUUUAACAGGGAAUGUAAAAUUGGUGCAGUCUCAUCUGCAAAUACGAACUAUUUGUUAACCCAUGUUCUCAAGCAAUACCCAUUCCAAAAUACCCUAAUAACACAGUAUUAAUGUUAUUGCCACAUCCUCCCAGUGUCAGGUAAUCAUUACUAACAGGCAUGUUUGUCAUGUUGCUGAUUUCAUUUUGCAGGGAGGUGCGCAUGGGAAUUAACCCUUAAGAAACUGUAUGCAGAAGCUGAACUUUUCCAAGGUUUGCAGUGCGAGGUAGUCAACCAUUCACUGGCUGAGCCAGGACAUAUGAGCUUCAGCUCUUUUACUGUGAUUCUUCAACAUAAAAAGACAAAUCAAACUGUGUUUAUAUGAUUUGUAUAAAAACCCUUUAAAAAUGCCUAUUUAAUAAACAUUACAGUAGA